GCUGUUAUUGGCCUAUUUCUUGUGACGUAUUAAUGCGGAAACAGAAACCAACAGUAGAAGUGGAGAAAUAGAAACUUAUUAUGGGAUCAAAAUUCCUCCAAAUUUAGUUCAACCUUACCAAUUAAUUGCAGUACAGUACCAGGAACUCGUUAUGGAAGCGUAGAGACACACAGAACACUGUUAUAUGAACAUAAGACCAUGUCAGAAUGGCAGGGUUUGAAGAGGUUGAACAUAUGGAGGUUGCUAUGGACACCUCAGAUACACCAUGGUGUUGGUUUUAUUUGGCUGAGUGUGGAGUGUGGCAUAUGUUUGAGCUGGGUUCAAACUGCCAGUGUUCGGUGAGCAGUGAAGAAAUUGAAAGGAGUUACAGAAUGAAUGAGCGAGGCUUGUCAUUCACUACUGCUAAAUAUAACUACAUGUUAGACUUUUCAGAGAUGAAACAAAUCAACAUGUCAACUGGAAAACAGCGUCCAAUCAAACGUGCCCCUUAUUGCAUAACAGCUUUCAGGUUGAUCAGCGAGGAUCAAGCCAUUCCAGUUCCUCCGUAUUGGGAGAAGGUUAAUACAGAGGAACCUUAUCAGUUAAUCCAUUUGCAGGAAGAUACCAAUGAAUACAAGGAAGUGGCUAGACUUUUUAAAAACACAAUGCACGUCUGCAUUACAGCAGUCAAGAGAAUUCAAAACUUAGAUCUAUGGGAAUUCUUCUGCAGGAAAAAGGCCCAGCUGAAAAGACGAAACCAAGGUGCAGAAAUUGAAGAAAAAAUGAUGUUUCAUGGCACCAGUCAUGAGAACAUAGAAGCAAUAUGCACAAAUAACUUUGACUGUAGAUUAAACGGCAGCCACGGAACUGUGUUUGGAAAAGGAGCCUACUUUGCAAGAGAUGCAGUGUACGCUGCAAAGUUCUGCAAAACAAGUGAAAACCAUGGAACAAUCCUGAAAAAACAUGAUGUUGCACCUAAUGUGUUUCAAGCUCAACCUCACUUUAAGUCAUUGUUCCUCGUUCGGGUACUUGUGGGCAGUUACACGCUUGGAAAGAGCCAUUACUGCAGACCGCCCUCGAAAGACAUGAGUUACAUCAACUUCUACGACAGCUGUGUGGAUGAUGUUAACAAUCCAAAGAUUUUUGUGAUCUUUGAUAACAACCAGAUAUAUCCAGAAUACUUGAUAGAGUUUACCUAAUUGUACUGUAUGUUGUUUUUCAUGGACUUGAAUUUACUGGGACUUUUAAAAUUUAGAAACAGUUUUCCCAACACUGGAAAACAUUUUUUUGAAGGAAACAGAAUCUCCAAUAGACACAAUUUGAAUUUAGCUGAAGUUUAAUUUUCUAAAGGCAUAUAUGGAAUUAUUUCCUUAAAUUAAAUGUUUAAUAUUAUGGUUUUAUUAAGUGCCUUGGGAAUAUUUAAUUGAAGCAACAAAUUAAUUAUCGAUUAGUUAUUCAUAUUAUUUAUUUGUACUUUGUAAUUUUUUUCACUAAUUUAGUGUGUGUUCAAGCAAGGAAUUCAUUGGAACAAUAUUCAGACUCUGGUAAGUGCGUCAUCUUCCACCCUAAGUUUGACUUUAAAAUGAAUACCAGUAAAGUACCAGUAAAUCACAGAAUAUAAGGAUGUGGAAUCCAAAUGAAAUUUGAUGGUAAAGAGAUUUCACUUGUCAUAUAAUCCUAACCGAGUUAUACCACUACUUCUAUAGGGAUGCCAAUUACAGAAUGGUUAUAUACUGCGAUAAACCCUAUGUCAUACACUUGUCUUGUUUUUAUACAUAUAUUUCAAACCACCAAAAAUUGUGAAAAUGUGUUGAAAAAAAAAAAAUAUAUAUAUAUAUAUAUAUGCGUCUAGAAAGUGUACUGUUGACAGGCACUGGCGCAAGUCACAUCCUGUGACAACAAAAUUGACUUUUUAAAGGUAUGUUAAAAACACUGCCUAUUUGCUGUAAAAUGACUGGUGUGUGUAACUCCCCUAACAACCAGUCAUUUUACAACCCCCAGCAAAGUUUUGGGUGCUUAUCCAUACGGAUGUCGGAUUAUUUCCUUGGAUACAUAACCGGGUCUAGAGAUCUAAGCUGUACUGUACUGUACUUUUAAAUAACAGCUUAGAAAAUGCAAUUUAGAUCUGUUAUGUGAAAUACAUAUCACAACCCCAAAGCCACACUUGCUGUAUACAUUUAAAUGUGAUACUUAGUGUUUUUGUAAUUGUAGAAUCUGUAUGCCUGCUUACAUUAGUGUUUCUACUCUAUGCAAUGGCAGAAAAGAAUGCACACAAUAGUCACUGCAGCUACCAUGGUUAUUAAUUAAUUAGUCAUAUAGCAAAUGCUUUUAUCCAGAGUGACUUACAGAGACUAGAGGGUGAACUAUGCAUCAACAACUGCUGCUGCAGAGUCACUUACAAUAGGACCUUGGUUUUACAUCUCACCCAAAGGACAGAGCACAAGGAGGUUAAGUGAUUUGCUCAGGGUCACACACAGUGAGUCGGUGGCUGAGCUGCUGGGAUUUGAAUCGGGAACCUGCUGGUAGCAAGCCUCUUUUUCUUCAAUCAAUGGAUCACCAAUCCUACCUGGUUGCUAUUGUGAAUAUUGAGAAACCCUUUUUACCAUUACAGUUGAUUAUUAUUUACCAUUCUUAUUUGAACCAUUAAUUAUAGGAGAUGAAAUGGAGUUGGAAAUGUGCAUGUGAUGUAUAUAGGUCAUGGUGAACUGUUUUUUCAAGUUACUGAUGACUCUAGCUUUGUAAUUACAAAUGUCACUGACACGCUUGUUUAUGCAUUGAAAAGGUUUUAUGAAAAAUCUAGUGUUGCAUAUCCAGCUGUCACCGGGUCAACAAAAGCUCAGAAGAACCAAAAUCAAACCAAAGCCAUGCUGCAAUGAGAACACUUCCACCUGACUCAUGAGUCUGAGGCAAUCUAACAAGCACUGUACUCUGCAGACACAAGGUGGCGAUGUUACACAAAAUGAGCAUAAAGACCUUUAUUAGCUCGCUAAAGAACCGUCAUUGCUAAGCAUAGCAAA